AUGUCAAAAUCUUCUCAAUCUGGUACUCCUUCACCAGCAGCAAAAGAAUCAAAUGUAGUCUUGGAAAAAGCAAAAACCAAAAGAAAGAAAGCAGCAGCUACUCCUAAAGCAAAAAGCAAAAGAAAAGCAGCAGCUACUACUCCUAAACCAAAAGGAAAAAAGGCGACGAAGGCUGCUACUCCUUCACCGCCAGCAAAGGGGAACAAGGCACCUGUCUUGAGAGCUGCUACUCCUUCACCAAAAGCAAAGGGGAAAGCAAAAAGGGGGAAAGCAAAGGUACCCCUGAAAGAAGGUAUGUAG